AUGGCUAGGAGGAAUGAUAUUGCGAUAGCUACUACUUUGGAAGCAAUGGCUCAAGCUUUGGAACAUCAGCCGAAUGUUAGUGAGAAUGUUGCUUCUCGCAACUUGGCUACCUUUCAGAGGGAGAAUCCACUAGUGUUCAAGGGAACUCAUGAUCAUGAUGGCGCAUUGACAUGGCUAAAGGAGAUUGAGAGAAUAUUCCGUGUGAUGGAUUGUACUCCAUAUCAAAAGGUUCGGGAGUUUUUGAGGAAGUACUUUCCAGAGGAUGUUCGUGGCAAGAAGGAAAUUGAAUUUCUUAAGUUGAAGCAAGGGAGUAAGUCGGUUGUGGAGUAUGCUGCUAAGUUUGGAGAGUUGGCUAAGUUCUUCAACCACUAUGAUGGACCAAAUGAUGAAUUUUCUAAGUGUAUCAAAUUUGAGAACGGAUUGCGCCCAGAAAUCAAGAAGGCAGUUAGUUACCAGAAGAUCCGUGUCUUUGCUGAUUCGGUGGAUAGUUGUCGGAUCUAUGAGGAGGAAAAUAAUGCUCAUUAUCGGGUUAUUAAUGAGAAGUGA